UGCACGUAGAUUGUAGAUAUCUCUAUAUGAUAUGGAUUUCAUGGUCUUUUCAGAUUUCUUAAUUAUUCAGGGAUGUGAUAGAACACCAUCAUGUACGUGAAGUACAGAUAGAUAUGACAAUACUUGCUCACCCUGAAACGUCUUGUUUAUUUUCAAAGAAUAAUGGGGUUCUAUCUGCUUUGAUGGAUGGCCAGAGGUAGAUUCAAUAUUCGUAUAGGCCUACUCCUUGUUUCGAUUUCAAACAUAAAGGUAUCAGCUGAUAAAUAAGAUUCCACUAGUGUCAUUAAGAUGGAAGAAGAAGAAGAUUUUGAUGAUGAGUUCGAGGAUGCCUACGAAACCAUACCAAGACCUUCUGAAAUGGACCUUGACACGGCCAUGCAAGAAGCCCGUAUUGCAGUUCACCUUUUUUUCAACAAUAAAUUUGAUGAGGCUUGGGAUAUGCUCAAACCAUGGGUUGGGUCCAGUAUGUAUCACACCAUAGGAAAUUCAGUUUUCUGCUUCAUGGAGGCUGUCUUAACUUUCGAUCCUACUAGUAUUCAAAAAACUUCGGAAGCUCUCAAACAGAGUAUUGCACUUUGCAAUUUCUAUAGAAAAAAACGAAACGCUAUCAACUCCAUUGGGAAGUAUGUGAAAAAAACGAAUUACGAUCAUUAUACGACAGAAGAGGUUCACGCAGAAUUGUGCUAUGCUGAAGCUUUACUUUUGAAAUCUUUGCUGACAUUCAUCGAAGAUGAAACACUAGUUAGUUUCAUCAGAGCGGGCUUAAAAAUCAGAUCCUGUUUCAACUCAUACAAAGAAUGUCAAAUAAUUUUGAACACCAAACAUUGGGUGAAUGACAACUACAAAUUGCAUUUCGAAAGUGGAGUUCGAAUGGGAAUUGGAGCAUUCAAUCUGAUGAUUUCUCUUCUACCAUCAAGAAUAAUUAAACUAUUGGAGUUCAUUGGAUUUUCUGGCAGUAAGGAUAUAGGAUUGGACGAACUGGUUGCAUGCUACGAAUCACCCCAUGGACUGAGACAUAUUUUGUCGGUUAUGACUUUGCUCACAUAUAAUUUGAUAGUGGUGUACGUUCUUAGUCGGUCGGAAGGAGACCUCGAGUUCUGUGAUGAAAUACUCAAGGAGCAAAUGAAGUUGUUCCCAGAUGGUGCUUGGUUCCUCUUUUUUAAAGGACGUCUAGAGUUUAUGAAAGGAAAUCUUGUCGAAUCGAACAACUGGUAUGUAAAGUCUUGGAAGUCUCAGCAAGUGUGGCCUCAGUUCCACCACUUGUGCUUCUGGGAUUUGAUGUGGACGAAUAUUGUGAGGCAAGAGUGGAAUGAGGCUCUCUUCUACGCCAACAAGUUGAUGGCUGAAAGUAAGUGGUCCCGAUCGAUCUAUGGAUACCAGAAGGUUUGCUUGAUGCUGAUGGUUAAAAGUGACCUUUCAAUCGCCGACCACCAAGAGAUAGACUCUAUCAUGAGUAAUAUUCCAAAAUGGAGACAACGAAUUGCCGGGAAAUCCUUGCCAAUGGAGAAGUUCUGUGCCAAAAAAUCUGAGAGAUACUUUGCUCAAAAUAAGAACCUAGUCCUGCCAUGUUUUGAGCUUCUGCUUGUUUGGAAUCUUUUCAAAGUGAUUGGAAAGAAAUGGGAAGUUUGUGAUUCUUUGUACAGAGAAAUUGAUGAAAGUAUGCGAAAGCUUGAUGCAGAAGCUGAGGAUCCUUAUGAUGCUGAUAACAGAGCAUUGCUACUUCUCCUGAAGGGCGCUUGUCUCAACCAAAUGGGCAAGCCAUACCUAGCAGAAGAGGCACUAAAAGGUGUGUCUGCUCUUGCCAAGAAAAUUAAAGAAGACAAUUAUCUAGUUCCAUACUCACUAGUCGAAUUGGCAAUGGUUUAUCAACAACAGAAUAAUCUGGAAAGAGCUAUUCAACUGCUAGAGGAUACAAGGAAAAAUUAUACGGGAUAUUCGUUAGAAUCGAGACUACAUUUCCAGAUUCAUUCAUCUCUCAUGGAGCUGAAUAAAGGGAGGAAAAUAUCCAGCGAAAAGAUGUGUAAACCAAAGAGCCAGCCAAGUACAUCGCAAUUCUAACUAACCGUUAUCUGUUGAAAUGUUUAUGCUUGUUGAAUAAUUCUAGUAUUGUUAUUUUGGUAUUAUUUUAUUUAUUACAAUUUUAAAUAUUGCUAUAGUAUUAUAUGAGCUAGUCUACUAAUUAUAUACAGAGCAACAUGCUCCUAUGACAAAUUUAUAUUUGUAGUAAUAUUAUCAGUACAGUAUCACAUAUUUUUGGCAAGUGCAAUUCGAAUAUUUGUCCAGUUAGUGAACAGUAGCUAUUUUUAUAGAAUUAUUCGUAGAUCAUAUCAGAACCAUUUAUUAAUUAUUUUCAUGAUAUUUAUGACUAACAUUUGUUUCAUGUAUUGACGGUGGCAGUAUUUAUUGGGUUUUGAUACAAAAAUUUGAAACGAAUUACUUCUAAGAACCUUAUGAAUUAUUCUAUUUCUAUUUAUUUAUGUGAUCACAUUAUUCUCUGGAGAGCUAUUUGUUAGCCUCCGUCAACUAAAGAAUAAUUUAUUUUCAAUUAUUGCAGGUGAUUAAAUGCUGAUUCCAUUGAUGAAAUUGAAUACCCUAAAAGAAACUUACAGAUUUGGUAAUUAGAGUUCAAUCGUUUCGUUAAAUUUAUUAUCAAGGAUGGUUUGGCAACCUUACAUCUGUAGUCAAUAAUUGAAACUUACAUAAUAAUUAUCAGGGUCAGCAUUCAAUAAUUUUAGUACAUAACAGUGAAAGAUUUCAAUAGUUCAAUACUGAAAUAAUGAGGUUUAACGUUGAUUAACUUGGAUACAUCACUAAUCAGGAUUACUUAAAGCCUUAACAUCAAUAGUAGUUUAGAAUUAUUAUUAGGAGUUCCUAAUUUAUAUUAGAAGUGAUAUUGAUAUUUGGAGUGCCUGAUUUCCCUUGUACCUAUGCACAAACAUAUAUAUUUAUUAUUACUAUAGUACUUGACACAUUGUGGGAUUCACAUUAUUAAGUCAGUCGAAAUGAUAGGACUACAAGGGUUGCCGAUUAUCUGCGUUACCUCUGCCUUCUAUAGUGGGUAUCUGAUUACGAUAUCUGAUAUACAGGGUGUUUGAAGAAUAACUCCCUAGUUUUAGGUAUAAAUUUAAUGUGUAAAUUGAUGAAAAACUACAUCAACAAGUACAUACAAUGAAUGAGAGAAUCUUCAAGUUUUGUUUCACAUCAGUACACUUCAAAAUGGGACCCAUUUGUUGCCCUGCACACGUCGAGACGAUAUUCAAGUUCUCGCCAUGUAUUCACCAACAUAUUAGGUGUAGCUGUCCCAACCGUCGUGAUGAUUCUUUCCCGUAAAUGGUUUAUGUCUUGCAUUUUUCCACUGUACACAACAUUUGUUAUGUGCCCCAAAAGGAAAAGUCCAGAGGGGUUAAGUUCGGGCUCCGUGGUGGCCAAGCAAUUGGGCCAGCUCUUCCUAUCCACCUUCCCGGAAAGCAAGUGUCUCGUGCCGCGCGCACAUGGUUAUUGUAAUGAGGAGGGCGCCAUUUUGUUGGUGGGUCUGCAACUGCAGGGGCACAAAACUUGGACAGUUGCUGAAUCAAAUACCACAAACUAGAAUAUUCUAUAUCACUUUUUACAGAUUUCAUGACACAUUAAAACUAGGGAGUUCUUCUCCAAACACCCUGUACUAUUGAUUGGUUGUGCUAAUAGUUAUCAAUUAUAUGUUAUUUGUCAAGAAAAUAUAUCUUUCAAUGAUUUGCUAAUAAAUUUUCAUAAAUGAGAUUAAAUAUUUUGGUAAUUCCUUAUAUUUCUAGAUGGUCUAAAAGAAAUCUGGCCACAGUCCAGAGGUAGAAAAGGAUAGAGCUAUCUGAUUUGUCUAAUGAUAGACAAAGAUAGCAACAUCAAUGUAAAUCAGGUGGUGACUUCAUAUCAUGAAUCUCAUUAUAGGCCUAGUGAGUUGCUUACAAUGUAAUUAUUACAAGGAGGUGAUGAUAAAUAAUGCAUAAUAUAUGCUAGUGAAAUACGAACUAAAUUAAUUUCAGAAGCACUCCUGGUGGCAUAGUAAGGGAUCGGUUAUCUUAAAACAACAAUGUAUUAUCGACAAUUAUUGUAUAAUUUUGUUUCUAUACCGCAGUUCCUGAAGAUUCACUAAUCGCGCGCUGUUUAAAUUCUCUGUUCAUAUUACCUUACCAGAACAAAACCUCAUACUUCAACAAUUAUGUGUGUAGUUUUCUGAGUUAGUUUUACUAGCAUGUGCGUUAUUUAUCAGCCUACCCCCUUGUUUUAGUUUUCUUCUCUUUUUUCAAAUCAUCGAGUUUGCUUGCAUAUUCAAAGUAUUUCAUUGCAUCAGUAAGAGGCUACUCUAUUCAUCUAUUUUCAUUGUUCCAAUUUAAUAAUAAAUGUUCAGCAAAGUUUAACAAUCACAGAAUAUUGAUUAUGUUAGGUAAUUUUCAGAAUGGAUAUCUUUAACAUUCCUUGUAUUUAAAACUAUCAUUUAACAUUCCAUUCUUUGUUCGCGAAAACUACUUAUUUUUGAGCCUAAUAUUAUUUAGAUUUAUCUUUCUGAUUAUUUAUUUUUAGUUACUUUUUAUAGUUUAUAUAUGAACUUCAAUUGAAAUAAGAUUAAUCAUUUGUAUUUCACCAUUUAUCAGAAUUUCAACUUUACAUUUUCGAUUAGUAAUUACAAAAAAAAUACCUCGUAGAACAUGUCAAUUUGAUUAGACUGAUACAGGAAACCAAAAUAAAUAACAUUUAAAUAUUACUUGAUUGUAUGGUGUUAGUGAUCGAUUACGAAAUUAAUGUAUUUUAUAGAGAAGCAUCAAUACACUAGAUUUGGUAUUACAUGAGAAUAAACUGCAAUCUCAUAAUUUUCUAUACUUCAAAACCUUUUAUAGAUUGUACUGUGGAAAUUUAUUUUCAUCAAAACGAAUCAAUGUUAUAAAAAUUCUUAAUUAUCUUAAAUCAUUAAAUUUUAUCAGUAUCAUAAUCUAAAAUAACAAUUUUAUAACCUUCCAUAAUCAAAUUAAAAAAUAUAGUUUCCCAAACUUUUACAAGAUCAAGGUUACCCUAAUUAUGAAGGCAUUAGAACCAUCUCUUCAUUUUUAAAUAUAAUUAUAAAGAUAAAUUAAAGAUAAAUUUUAUAGUUUAGACUUUCAGGCUAUGCAUAUCACAGACUGGUACCUGUACCAGUAUCAGUUAGAUUUGUUCGGUUUCAUAUUAUAUUCAUGUGUACUAUAUUUGUUUGAAAAUCCAGUAUUAUUUUUUUCUUACUGUACCUGAUGAAUAUAUUGAGUGUACAACAAUUUUUACUUUCAUAGAGGGUUUUAACUUGUAAAGGACAUCACACACCGCCGUAGCGUAGCUUGAAAUACAUCUUUUUAAAUACGUAGCCGACGUAUCUCCCCAAUGUCAUUUCAUAUCACUCUGUCCAUUUAAAAGGGGCGUAGCGUACAUUUAAUAUUAGGAGAUACGACGGCAACGCCAAUAUUAAUUAUUAUAUUAUUAUUAUUAUUCAGUUUCAAUGAAAGCCUUUGCAAUUUUGUUUGUGAACUUAUCAAUUUAUGAAAAUUAAUUAUGGUUUCCAUUUUUGUAAAUUUCUAUUGAUUUGGCAAUAAAUUUGAUUUGAUUUUAAACUACGAUACGGUGGUGUGAAAUGGCCUCAAGACAUACUGUUAUUCUGAGUUGGUAUUUCCUCAUAAAAUAAAUUCACUUUUAACGAAAAAAUAUUUUUGGAUUGAAACUUAUCGCAUCAAAUUUGAAUAACCGCAUUUGUUGCAGAUGGUGCCUUAUAUGGAUCGUUUCAAGCACGUAUUUCUUUGAGCCUUUUUACUUUUACUGAUUUUUACUGUCGUGUGUGUUGACAUAAUUAUGAUAAUACUCCUUACUUCUCAGUUCUCAUAACAUUCAAUUUGAGUUUCCAUGUCGAAUAUAAUUGUAAUAUAUCGAAUUAGAUUCAUUGUUCAUCAAAUCCCUAGUUAGUCUCUGAUUUAUGUUGUCUUUAUCAUGUUCGCGAGUUUUUGAGACAGUUAUAGUUUGUUAUUAUUCAGUAUUGUAAGAUCCAUCAUCAAUAAUCAUCCAUUAUCCAUCCAUCUAUUGCCUGGAGCAAAUAAAAUUAUAUCUUCAUUACUGAUGAAUAUUUACAAAUAUACUAAUAGUGGUAGCAGAUUUUUUUGACAACAAAUUAAGAACAUAUUCUGGGUGAAUUUCGACAGACACGGCAGUUGUGAUAAGAUUGAUACUUACAUUUUUAUUGGUUUACAGUUUAACAGUCAAUAAUUAGAUUUUUUCAUUUUCAAAUAGAAACGUGUAACACAUUAUAGCUAGGAAUUAUGUAGAAAUUUUCUAGAGAUUAUUUACGAAUUUUUACUGAUGAAAAUUGUUCCCGAAGGUAGGAUAAGAGUCAUGUCUCAUAUAAAAUAAUGAUUAUUUUAUAACUGGCAUUCCAGUGCUGUUCAACAUAAUAAAUACUAUAGAGAAAAGAUUGCAUAAGCUAUAGCUAUGCUUAUACAAUUUUUUCUCUAUGAUAAUAUACACAUCAGAUAUUCCAAAUAAUCAAUUUUAUAAGUUAAUGUUGAUUUAGGACAACCAUAUGCAGUACCUACUCGAGUUUCAAACCAAAUUAAAGCUUCACAUCAUUCCAUUUUUGAAGCAGCUCCAAAAUGCCCAAGUACAGUGAAUUUCUGUGGUACAGACAUCAAGCAAUCCUCCAUCCAACCUACCUGAGGAUCACCCUGGACAGCACUCUCACUUUUUGUGAGCACUCGGCAAAAGUCAAAAAUAAAAUAUCCAGGGUGAAUUUGUUGCAGAAGCUAUCUCGAUCAUCCUGGAGCAAUUGAACUGUUGCUUUUACACUUGUCUAUAAUACUGCAGAGUAUGGGUCUCGAUGAGAAGUUGCCACCCACAUAUGAUUGAUAAAUUUCUGAAUAGUGCAAUGCGUAUGGCCACUGGUUGUCAGUGCAUACUGAAAUACCAAUUGGCUCCCAGUUUUCAGCCACAUAUCACCACCAAAGCUGAGGAGAUGGUAAUUUUCAGUAGGUGGGAUGUCAGCACUGCAUGAGGAUAUACAAGAUUCUCCAACUGCGUUGCACCUGAAAUCAAGGAAACCAGUGUGGCUUCUUCCUACUAGCCUGGGUUCUGUGACUGCACAGUGCAGGAAUAGUCUGGAUCUCUCAGGCAGUGGAAAAUGAAGCGCAUGUGCCUGAUCCAAGCAAGAUAGCUACUGAUAGCACUUUGUGAGGGGAAGGGGGACAGAUAUCUGGCAGAUGAGGAGGCCGUGCUCUGGCUAGUAUGAGUGGUAUUUUAUUCUGAGAUGCUGACUGCAUUCCCCACUUUCAACUAUUAAUUUCAUGUUAUUUUUUAUCCCUGACUAAUCCACUUUAGUAUCUUUAUGUUUGUUUCUGUGUAAGCAGAUUUAACUAACCAAUGCGACUCCAUACUCUUAUUUAUGUUAUUCUUAUCUUGGAUAGUUGAGGUAGUUGAAAUAUUAAAAAUUAAAUGUGAAUAUAUUAUUAUGAGAUGUCAACACACAUCACUCUGUAGAAAAGACCAUCUAACGACGCUUGCCUCACUCUUGUGGAAUACGAGACAUCUUUUUAACGUUAUUGAUUGUUAUGCAUUGUAUAAAAGAAAUAUAGAUCUAUUACAGGAAAAAAGAUAUCAGUAACUUUGGUAGAUGUAUACCACAUAUUGAUGAAAUCAUUUUAUAAAAUAUUCAACAUCAAAUAGUAUUUUCAUUCACAUCUUUAGAAUUUUCUCAAACAGAGCGUUUGACUAUAAAUUUUUACUACUCUCAUGUUACCUUCUGCUUUUUGCUAGUAUUUUUAGUUCUGCUAUUUUGAAACUGUUUUUGUAAUACUUUAUUCUUAUUACGCCUAAUUCUUUUAUAUUUUUAUUGUACUAUCACUAUCAUAAUAUUAUUAUUAUUAUUAUUAUUCACAUGUUGAAUGAACUUGAAAUAAUCUGAAUCAUCACCAAUUAUUGAGAGAUUUCUCAUGAUUGUAAUGCAUUAUCCUACGGCAUUGAAUAGAAUAGAUUAAUCCAAUAACCCAGUCUCAAUUAUUAGUUCAAAUGUACUUAAUAAAUUAUUUGAAUUA